AUGGCAACGGUUAUGGACAGGAAUACCACUUUUGUGGUCCUCCUUGUGCAUUGCUUUCUUUCCUUGGCUACUCUAACAUGCAUGUUUGCAUAUGCGGGUGGCAAUCCAAAUGUGCUUUGCAAAAGCGGAGAAAGAGAUGCCCUCCUCACCUUCAAAAAGGGUAUCGUUGAUCCUUACAAUCUACUCUCAUCUUGGAUUGGCCAGGAGUGUUGCACGUGGAAAGGAAUUGCCUGUGACAACAUAACUGGGCAUGUCAUCCACCUAAAUCUCAGAAAUCCAUAUGAUUAUUAUGACGACUUUGCAAUUGAUGAUUUUUACCAGUCAAUGCUGCGUGGGCGGAUAAGCGAUUCCCUACUGGAAUUAAAGCAUCUUCACUAUUUGGAUCUAAGUUCGAAUAAUUUUGAAGAUAAUCAUUUUCCAAGCUUCUUUGGUUAUCUUCGGAAUUUGAGAUAUCUAAAUUUAUCAAGUACGGGUUUCGUGGGUACAAUUCCUCAUCAGCUGGCAAAUCUCUCCAACUUGCAAACUCUUGACAUUCAUCAAGAUUUUUACUAUAUGCAACUGCAAGUUGACAAUCUUGAAUGGUUAUCUCAUCUUUCUCUGUUGGAAUUCCUCGACAUGAGUUCAGUCAAUCUUAGUGAAGCAUCUAACUGGUUACAGGUGAUGAACAUGCUCCCUUCUCUAUCAGAGUUACACUUGUCUAAUUGUGGACUUGAUAAAUAUGAUCCAAUUCCUUAUGUUAACUUUUCAUCUCUCACUGUGCUCGAUCUUUCGGGCAACAACUUUGUUAAUUCAACGUUUGAUUGGAUUAAUAGUCUUACAUCUCUUGUUACACUUGAUUUACAAUACACGGAGAUCAAGGUUCCACUACUUGGAGUUGCUGUCCAGAACAUGUCUAGUCUUAGAAAUCUACAUCUGAGUGGUAACAACUUCUCUUACACAAUACCUAAAUGGUUAUAUAAUAUGACCGCUCUUGAAAGACUUUAUCUUUCAGGAAAUAAGAUUCAAGGUGUACUUCCUAAAGCUAUUGGAUGUCUUUCACAACUGAUGCUUCUUGACCUGUCACACAAUAGACUUGAAGGAAAAAUACCAAGAUUUUUGGGAAAUCUGUGUAAUCUGCAACAUUUAGAUUUAUCUUGGAACAACCUUGGGGGAGGUUUGUAUGACCUUUUAGGAAAUUCUUCUUCAUGCAGAACAAAAAAUUUAGAAUUUUUAGAUUUAAGUGGGAAUCGACUUUCAGGUACUUUGCCUGAUCAACUAGGGAAGCAUAAAAAACUCUAUGUUCUUUCACUUGACGAUAAUAUGCUUUCUGGUCCGAUUCCCGUGUCUCUAGGAAAACUGUCUUCAUUGAGGAUGCUUUUGGUCGGCUACAAUCAAUUGAAUGGAACAAUUCCUGUAAGUCUUGGAUAUCUUUCAAAUCUUGAAGAGUUAAUGAUCUCUUCCAAUUUUUUAGAGGGUCUUGUUUCCGAAAAGCUUUUUUCCAACCUUACAAAAUUGAGAAAUCUCGACGCUUCUUCGAACUCAUUGACUUUGCAAGUAAACACUAAUUGGGUUCCUCCAUUUCAACUUCAAAGGUUGUGGGUGGGAUCAUGGGAAUUAGGGCCAAGAUUCCCUACAUGGCUUCAAUCACAAAAAGAUCUUCGAGAACUAGAUUUCUCAAAUGCAAGUAUUUCGGAUGUCAUCCCUUCUUGGUUUUGGAGCCUUUGUUCCCAAUUCUCUUGGAUGGAUCUUUCUCAAAACCAAUUCCGUGGCAAUAUUCCAAGUUUAUCUUGUGGAGAAUAUAUCGUUUUUGGUUCAAACAACUUUUCUGGCCCUCUCCCCAAUGUUUCUUCUGGCAUUAUGUAUUUAGAUCUUUCCAAUAAUUCAUUCCAUGGAUCUCUUUCUCCCCUCAUUUGUGAACAGAAAGAUAAAAUGGGAGGAAAUCUAUUUUUUCUUGAUCUGUCCAAAAAUCUUCUAUACGGAGAACUUCCUAACUGUUGGACGAACUAUUCUGUGUUACGAGCGUUAAACUUGGGGAGCAAUAAGCUAAUAGGAAAUAUACCGAGUUCCUUGGGUUCUCUAUCUAACCUUGACUUUCUGUUGCUGAGCAAAAACAAUUUGUCUGGAGAAUUACCAUUGUCCUUGCAAAAAUGCGAACAGCUAAGGAUUGUAGAUCUCAGUGAGAAUCAUUUGUCGGGCGGCUUAUCCAUUUGGUUGGGAAACAGUUCAUCUCAUCUUUUGAUAAUUGUGCUUCGCUCAAAUAGGUUUCAUGGUAGUAUACCUCAAGAGUUAUGUCACUUCAAAUCACUUCAAAUCAUGGACCUUGCACAUAACAAAUUAUCGGGAACCAUUCCGCAAUGCUUUGGUAAUUUGAGUGCCAUGCAGAGACAGAUCUCCAAUAUAAUUGUAUACAUUUUUUGGAGAACAAUAUUCUUGACAUUAAAGGGAGCAGAGUAUGAGUUAUAUGAAAACACAUUUUCUCUUAUCACAAGCAUGGACCUCUCGAGCAACAAUUUAAUUGGAGAAAUCCCUGAGCAACUCACUAGUCUUCAAGGCCUACGAUUCUUGAAUUUGUCCAAUAAUCAACUCCAAGGAAAGAUUCCACAGAAGAUAAAUGCCAUGAAAUUAUUGGAGUGUUUCGAUGUCUCAAUGAAUCAGCUCACAGGUGAAAUACCUCAAAGCAUGGCGAGUUUAACAUUCUUGAAUCAUCUGAAUUUAUCGUACAACAACUUCUCUGGCAGAAUUCCCUCCAGCACUCAGCUUCAGAGCUUUAGCGCAUGGAGUUUUAUUGGCAACCAUGAUCUUUGUGGGCCUCCACUUACGCCUAGCUGCGUUGGAGAUGACUCACCCAUUGAACCAACACCAAAUACUAAUGAUGAAGGCAGCAAGGACGGUGGGUGGAUUGACAUGAAGUGGUUUUAUAUGGGCAUGCCAUUUGGAUUCGUGGUGGGGUUCUGGGGUGUAUUUGGUCCAUUAGCUUUCAACAAGGCCUGGAGAUCUGCUUUCUUUAAGUUUUUGGAUGGCAUGAAGUAUAAACUCUUCAAUGGUGUUUGA